GAAACCUGUUAGAGGGUGCAGCCAAGGUGUGAAGAAAAUGUGAAAAGUACAGUAGAUGACGUAGAUCAAUAGUUCAGUCAUUCUUCAAGACACUUUAUAAGACACUAGUUCCUGGACUGCUACCGAUUCAUUGAAGGACUUACUUGAAUUUGAUACUAGUUAAAUACAGUGAACUCUGUCAUGAGCUGGAAAUCCUGGGUCACUCAAAUAUGUUUUGUUUCUCUCCUCAUCAUCAAGGCAUCCUAUUCUGUUGAAUUUGAGAUCAGUGUUCCUCGUGAGCCUCAACUUGCCAUCGUGGGGCAGUAUGUGGUCCUAGACUGCAGCUUUCCUGUGGGAAAGGCCUGGGACCUGGACAACAGUGUGAUAACAUGGCAGAGAGGCCUGGAGGUGAUACACAGUUUCUACCACGGACAGGACCAACUGGACAGACAGAGCAGUCACUAUACCAACAGAACCAGCCUGUACCACUCUGAGAUGAAGAGGGGUAAUGCCUCUCUCAGGCUGGACCGUACCAACCUGGGGGACAAAGGAGACUAUACCUGCUCCGUGAGCACACUGCUGGGCAGUAAGACGAAAACCUUUGCCCUGAAAUUAGCAGCAUACUACCCUGAGCCACACCUGAAGUUCACAGCAUCUUCAAGAGAUGUGGAGCUACUCUUGACCUCACAGGGAGGGUACCCGCGACCCUCAGUUCAUUGGCUGGAUGACAGCGGUGAUGAUGUCACCAAUAACACAGUCACAAACAUCUCAGAGGACACACAGGGUCUAUACACUGUGUUCAGUACAUUAAAUCUACAGGGACAAGUCAACGAGACCAUCACCUUCGUCUUAAAGAACAAGGCCCUGGGACAGGAGAUCAGGAGAGAGAUCACACUUCACUCAGCAAAUGAGAGGUCGUCAGUGGAAAAAGGCAGAAUUUCUGGAGACAACAAGAAGAGAUGGACAAUUCUUGUUCCUAUAGUGACAUUUGUACUGCUGUUGUUUGUACUAUUAAUGCCAGCACUGAGAAAUUACGUGCCAUGGCCAUCGGAGAAACCAUCACCUGUCUACAAAACACCAUCAGGCGCAUAAGUCAUCACAAACGCCUCUUAAUGUACUUUAUAACGGAGAAAAAGACAAGACAUUUAGGAAUAUAUAAUGAAUGGAUCUAUGGCGUCGACAUGAUUAUUGCCAGUGUUUGCAAUACAGCCCGUAGUAUCUUUCCAAGGAGUUACUGCCAUAGUACUUUAUAGUUCACCAUGUAAAUGUGGGUGCUACUUAGUUUCUUCUCAAACACAGAAAUGGUUGCCAAUGUAUUUAUUCAGAGAAAGAGACAAAAAGUGGAAUAAUACAUAUUUAUUUAAAUGUAUGGAUUAAGUGCAUCAUUGACUAGCUGCGUCUCAGUAAAGGUUGUUAAAACUGAAUUCUUAUAGUGAAUGUACAAUAGAUGUACAAUAUAUCCAGUUAAAAGGUACAGUGAUUGUAUUUUACUUAACCAAGCAAGUCAGUUAAGAACAAAUUCUUCUUUACAAUGACGGCCUACCUCGGCCAAACCCUA